AUAUCUAUCUAAUUUAUGCAACUUGUAUGCAUGUUGUCAGCCGUCAAAAUUCUCCGCGGUCAGUGACGUAUCAUUCAAAGAGUUGUUUCAGUGAAGUUAAAACAGUUUUUCCGCACUCCCAAAUCGAUUUAUCAAAAUGAAUAUCACUUCAGCAGCGGGGAUCAUCUCCCUCCUGGAGGAGCCCCGUCCGGAGUUGAAAGUCUUCGCUUUGAAAAAGCUCGAUUCGAUCGUAGAUGAGUUCUGGCCAGAGAUUUCCGAAGCCAUUGAGAAAAUCGAAAUUCUCCACGAGGAUAAGGUGUUCCAACAGCAUCAUCUCGCAGCUUUGGUUGCUAGCAAAGUCUACUAUCACUUAGGGUCGUUUGAGGACUCUCUGACUUAUGCAUUAGGAGCGGGUGAUUUGUUUGAUGUUAACGCUCGGAGUGAAUACGUUGAGACGAUUCUUGCGAAAUGUAUCGAUUAUUACACCCAGCAUCGUAUCGCUUUGGCGGACAAUGCCCCAGAGGCUAAACCCAUUGAUCCCCGAUUGGAGGCUAUCGUAAAUCGGAUGUUUCAACGCUGUCUGGAUGACGGACAGUACAAGCAAGCCAUGGGGUUGGCUCUGGAAACACGCCGCAUGGAUAUUUUCGAAGCCUCUAUUACACAAUCAGACGACAUGUGUAAUAUGCUCAUUUACGCCUUUCAGGUGGCUAUGAGUCUGAUCCAAAACCGGGGGUUCCGCAACACCGUACUCCGAUCCCUUGUCGGUCUUUACCGAAAUUUAUCAAUCCCCGAUUAUGUCAAUAUGUGUCAGUGUUUAAUUUUCCUCGAGGAUCCACUUUCCGUUGCCGAAAUUUUGGAUAAGUUAGUGCAAGGGGAUGAGGAAAAUCGUCUCAUGGCCUAUCAGAUCGCGUUCGAUUUGUACGAAUCAGCGACUCAACAGUUUUUGGAACGUGUUAUGGUGGCUUUGAGACUUACGGCCCCCAUACCGUCACUACUUGAAGAUAAACUCAAACCGAAAGCGGUCGAAAGUACGACUGAAAGUAGCGAAAAUUCCGAAACAAAGCCCGAAGUCAAGGAGGAAAAAUCGUUGGAAAAUCUCAACGAGAAAGAGAAGGAACAUCAAGAGUGUUUGGAAAAGUUGCACGUGAUUUUGUCGGGUGAAAUUUCGAUUGAGUUGCAUUUGCAAUUUUUGAUUCGUUCAAAUCACGCCGAUUUGCUCAUUUUGAAACAAACAAAAGAGACUGUGAGGGUCAGUAUUUGUCACACGGCGACUGUGAUUGCCAACGCUUUUAUGCACAGCGGGACCACAAGUGACCAGUUUUUGAGAGACAAUCUCGAAUGGCUUGCAAGGGCCACAAAUUGGGCGAAAUUAACAGCGACUGCCUCUUUAGGCGUUAUUCAUCGAGGUCACGAACAGGAGGCUCUGACUUUGAUGCAGAGUUAUCUCCCUAAGGAGGUGGGCCCCAGUGCUGGGUACUCUGAAGGCGGUGGCUUGUACGCCCUAGGGCUGAUUCACGCCAAUCAUGGGGCCAAUAUCAUUGAUUAUCUGCUGGCUCAGCUUAAAGACGCCCAAAAUGAGAUGGUACGUCAUGGUGGCUGUUUGGGAUUGGGUUUGGCUGCCAUGGGUACCCAUCGUCAGGACGUUUACGAACAAUUAAAAUUCAAUUUAUACCAGGACGAUGCAAAUACGGGCGAAGCUGCUGGUAUUGCAAUGGGUAUGGUGAUGUUGGGGUCCAAAAACCCACCAGCGAUUGAGGACAUGGUCGCGUACGCCCAAGAGAGCCAGCAUGAGAAGAUCCUGCGAGGAUUGGCGGUCGGAAUAGCUUUCACCAUGUACGGUCGGUUGGAAGAAGCCGAUCCGCUGAUAGAACAACUCACCUCCGAUAAGGAUCCCAUCUUGAGAAGAUCAGGAAUGUACACUUUGGCGAUGGCGUAUUGCGGAACGGGACAUAAUCAAGCCAUAAGAAAGUUACUGCAUGUCGCCGUGUCCGACGUGAACGAUGACGUCCGUCGUGCCGCCGUCACAGCUCUCGGAUUCCUUCUGUUCAGAACCCCGGAGCAAUGCCCCAGUGUUGUUUCCCUCCUCGCUGAAAGCUACAACCCGCACGUGCGUUACGGCGCUGCGAUGGCUUUGGGCAUCGCUUGUGCCGGAACUGGGCUCCGGGAAGCUAUAGCUUUACUGGAGCCGAUGGUUAUGUUUGAUCCGGUGAAUUUCGUCCGUCAAGGAGCUCUGAUUGCAUCAGCUAUGAUUCUGAUCCAACAAACGGAACAGACUUGUCCCAAAGUCAGUUUCUUCCGCCAGACUUACGCUCAAGUCAUUUCCAACAAACACGAGGAUGUGAUGGCGAAAUUCGGGGCGAUUUUGGCGCAAGGAAUUAUCGAUGCAGGAGGAAGAAAUGUGACUUUGUCGCUACAAUCCAGGACCGGGCAUAUGAACAUGUUGGCCGUUGUGGGGACUUUGGUCUUUACGCAGUAUUGGUAUUGGUUCCCUUUGUCGCAUUGUCUGGCACUUGCGUUCACGCCGACUUGUCUUAUCGCACUCAACGAACAAUUGAAGAUGCCCAAACUGGAAUUAAAAUCUAACGCGAAACCGAGCUUGUACGCAUAUCCUGCACCUCUGGAAGAGAAAAAGCGGGAAGAACGAGAGAAAGUCACUACUGCUGUUUUGAGUAUUGCGGCAAGGCAGCGUCGACGAGACCACGACAGGAAACAUCGCGAUGAAAAAAUGGAAGUCGAUGAAGAGAGUAAAGACGAGAAGAAGUCAGAAGAGAAGAAAACUGAAGACGACAAGAAGAAAACCGACGAUAAGAAAACCGAGAAAAAGGAUGAAAAAGAGGAAAAGAAGAAAGAGCCCGAACCCAAUUUUGAAAUUCUUAAUAAUCCGGCACGAGUUAUGCGCCAACAACUCAAAGUUGUUACAAUUAAUGAUAAUAGUCAGUACGUUCCUUUGAAGGAUGUUUCCAUUGGCGGGAUUGUUAUGGUUCGUAAUUUGAAGCCAGGAGAAGAAGAGUUGGUCGAAAAUGUGGCUGCUUUUGGGCCGAAAGGUGACGAUGAGAAGGAGCCAGAGCCACCAGAACCAUUCGAAUGGCUUGAAGAUUAGGUUUAGUUGCGUGCUUGUGUCUCUAUUAUUCAUAUAAUAUUAAAAUUAUUGUAACUUAAUGUUUAGAAAAAUAAAAUAAAAAAUGAAACUUU